AUGGACUCGACAAGCUCUUCUACUGCGCACGCCGCCGAUUACAUGACUGCUCGCGCGGACUCGAAGCCGUCUUUAUCAUCUAUGGAAUGGAAGGCGCAAUGUUCCAUUUGGACGAACGUUCUCAGUACCAAAGACACUCGCGCUUGUGAGCUCGCAACAGUUCAUGCCACUUUGUUCAAGGUCGCUAGACACACUGCGGCAAUGAACCAGACCACAAAAUUCAGUGAGCUCACUGGACAGCUUCUUGAGAGCCGUAUCAUCCUCGAGAAGCAUCUCAUCGACACCCAGCAAGAGGCGGAACAUGCGCAGCGUAUGAUUGACUUCCUCACGGCUGAUGUCGUCGUACCUAAGGCACGGCAUGUACAGAACAAAAUCUUCCUUCAAAUGGCAGAGUGUCUUCAAGGCACAGAUCCAAACAUGAAAGUCUGUGAUCUGUUGGAGAAGAUCACAACCAACCUGAUCACCAUCGAAACACCUCCGAGCAACAAGAACCAGAAUAAUUCCACCAGCCCCCAAGAACCUGAACUCGCUCGCGGAGUGACAAAGUGGAAUACGAACCAACAGUCGAAACACCUCACUCUUGGAUUUGAUAGUGAAACUCCACUGGGAGAGGAAACUCGAGCAUUCAAAACCCCUCAAAAGCAGACCGAAACGGCGCAUCCUGACACCAGGAAUAUCGAGAACGACCAGAAGAAGGAGCGACGAAAUGCAAAGAUUCCUAUUAUCAGCAACAAUGGCAAGAUUCGCAUGAAGACCAAGACCGUUGGGCGAACAUCGUCAGCAGCGCAAGAGACUGUAACCGCCACCAACAAGGUUAAUAAGGUCCCUACUCAUCAACGAGCUACGAAGAGUACUGUUGCAAAGUCGUUCAGAAGGGCUGAGGCAGCCGUCGCACCACAGAAGCAGGUGCAGAAAGACGCCAACGCGCAAGUCGCGAAGUCAUCCAAGACACACAAGGCUACAAAUAGUAGCACUAUCAUAAGUGCAGUCCCUUUCUCUCAGAAAAGCACCAGCCAAUUUGCUCCAUCAAGCUCUGGGUCCGACAAGUCCUUCAGCUCCGCGGUCGUAUCCAGCCCGAGCCCUGCCAUGACCCGACCUCUACAGCGAAAGAGUAGCGCCACGGAGGGCCGCAAAGGCCAGCGUCAAGCAGGAGAGCCUGGUGUUGCGCGUAAACUGACCGCAAGGGAGCGAAAUGAGCGAUUGAAGAAGCGGGAAGAGGAGAAGAUCGCAAAGCAGGCACAAGAAGCCUUUACUAAAGAAUCGACUUCUGAAUCUGAAGAUACCCAGAUGCGUAGGAACCACAAAAAGUCACAAAACAGCAAGACUAAAGGUGUAAAGAGCACCACUGUCGAUUCAAGAAAGAAUGAAGACGAUGGCGUGCCUGUCGCCUUAGAGGGCCUUGACACCAGUAACAUUAUCUGGGCAGGUAGUCGUCGCCGCACUGGAGAUGGAUCCCAGUCAACAAGAGAUAGCGCCAGUUCUGGCAUCGAAACGUCGAAUGGUAGCAAACGGAAACGCGACAACGAUGACGAAGAGUAUGCUAGUGUGAAAAAAGUUAAGAACGCUCGUUAA